AUGCAAAGCUUAAAUGACCAAUAUUCGAUAAUUGAUGGCUGGUUAGUCGAUUUUAUUAAUAAAUGUGUUGUAGACCCUUUGCAUCAAUCAAUUAAAAGUUCAUUUCGCGAUGGUAAUUAUAAUGAGCUUCUUAAACAUAAGUUUGUCCAUUUCCGUGACCUAGAGGAUGCAAAGACCAUCCUAAUUGGUAUUGAUUCGAAACAACUAUUUGAGCAUGUUCAGCAAAGAAUGUAUAUUUUUGUUAAAACUGUUGAUGGUGAACUGAAAUUGAAAAACUCUGUAAUUGCGAAUCAAUCAAUUGUCAACGAGUUUACAAAGAAAUGCCACAAGAUUACACUAGAGAACGGGAAGGAAGUAUAUCUUUUCUAUAAAAAUACUAUUGUCAAUGAGACUGCAUCCCAUCCCUUGACACUUUUAGAUUCAAAUGUGUUAUCUGACAAUCAAAUAUCAAAAUCUUAUCCAGUGAUUACAUUACCAAACGAACAGUACAUUAUAAUUGAAGGAUUUCUAAUAAAUGUAACUACUGGUGCCAUCUGUGAAUUCUACUCAUCAUCAACACGAUCAGCUCUAUCAGACCCAGUGUGGAAUAUUCUAAGAAAAGGCUAUGAUUGCAGCAUGCUAGACAAAUUCUUGAGCUUCCAAUCGAACUAUUAUAUAAUAAAUGAUCCAAUUUUCUUUAAAGUUGUUGAUCAUGCCAACCAUUGUCGACUGGCAUACAAGAAAGAGAAGGAUACUUUUGUCUGUCGGGUGGUCAAACUACGGAAAGAUGCUACAAAUCUUGGACAUUCGAUAUAUCAUAACAUGAAGGGCGUUAUCUCGGAGACUAAAUAUGUAAUACUUGCUAAGUUACAAUUUGGUAAUGGGUCUCGAGAAGACUUAUUUGCAAUGCGAAGCCAAUAUUCACAAGAAUUAAAUUUCAUAAAUAGAGUAUUCGCAAAUGAUAUUAAACUGUUAGAAGAAGAACUGGUCCAACGAGUUGUUGUCUCAGGAACACAAAUGAUACCAUAUCAUGUAAGGAAUAUACCAGCAAAAAUAUUGAACCCCAAAAGAGGGACAUUUUAUUCGGACACUAUAACUGAAUCAGCGCUUUGUCUCUACGAUCUUUGUGAAGACACUGAACAAUACAUUAUAUUUGAUGGAGUUCGUAAAAAAUUAAAGACACAGUGCUUAAGACGUUUGUAUGAAUAUUACCAAUCUUUGAAAGAAACCUUUAAGAAGGAUGAAAUACUUUCACGAUGGUUUCCAAUAUUUGAUGAAUGUCAUGAAAAAUGCAUGGAGAGAGCGAGGAAUAACAUUGAUAGAGUUGAAAAAUACUUGUUCCGACUUUUGUUAAAACAAUCGAUAGAGGUGAGACCUACCCCAAUGACUUACUUUUUGUCUCCCAGAUUUUUAAUUAUUGAUAAUUUCUUAAUUGAUCUAGCAGAAAAUAAAUUAGUGAAUCCAAUGGAUUCCAAAAUCAGAGAACUGCUUACAGAAAAUGAAAGAGAAGACAUCGAGACUUUUAAGUUUUUUGAUUGGAAUAAUUUCGAACAAAGUAAUGAGCCAAUGGGGGUUUACAGCAAAGGAUUAUUCCAAACUUUAGACAGCAGCAAGACACAAUUUACAUUAGAUACCAUCGGAUGUACGCACCACAUAGGAACUGCCUAUGACGGUGUUGUAGUCACGAGGCACUGCAUGAAGCUAGAUAUUCCAAAUAUCGGGGUGCGGUUCCUCUAUCUUGAAGUCGAGGCUGAUGAUCUUCCUAACCUGCCUGAAUUGGAGAAUGAAAAUAAAGAAGAACUUUUCAGAUCAUUAGACGGAGGUAAUGAACAUAAGGAAAUCAUGUUUCCUAUGAUAGAGAGCAUGUUUAGGAAAUCGUCCUUCUCUGAAUUACGCAAAAACUUUACUGCAAGCUUCAAGAAGUUGAUUGUGGAAGCUUCAAUCUCGAAGGAGAACAUGGAAGAGUUCGCAGAAGAGAUUCCUGAGCCUGCUUGA